CAAAAUGAGAUAAGUAAAACACACUUGCUCCGUAGGGUGGAUGCCUUGCAUAACUGUGGGACUUCUUUUCCUGGUAGUAAAGAGUAAUAAACUCUCCUGAAGCCGAAACAGGUUGAAAGUUCAGCAUGGUGAAUGUUGCUGAUCGAAGAGAUACGUUGUGUUCUUUCUUUCUUUUUUAAUUGUAAGGAGAAAAGUCAGUUCUAUUAAAUAUGUCAUUUCGUGAGAAAACGAUAAAGAAAAUGCUUCCUAAGGCAUACCUUCGCAAAUAUGUAGCUCAUGAAAUAUAUGUUGCACUCACCUUCUUCAAAAACCUUGUGCCUGUGAUGGAUAGAUAUGUUUACAAUGAUGGAACCACAAAGGACUUGAUGAGUCUUACCGGAACUAUACCUGUCAUGAUUUCAGAUGCGAACUACAACAUACCCAUAUGCAUAUGGUUUGAGGAAAGCUACCCUCAAGAUGCUCCCAUCUGUUAUGUAAAACCCACAUCUGAGAUGGUGGUCGUGACAGGAACGUAUGUGUCCAACAAUGGUGAAAUCCUGCUGCCGUACCUGCAAGAUUGGAAAAAUGGUGAGUGUGACCUCGUGAGUCUGCUGCAGGUGAUGGUUGCUGUGUUCGGAGAGUCCCCUCCCGUGGCCAAGCGGCCUUAUCCAGAGCAUGAACAAGCAUCAUGCUGGCUGCAAUGCAGAGAGGCAGAUGAGAAUUCAUAUCUGUCUUUAACCAGAGAAGAUGGUCAAUCUUUCCAACAACAAAAUGAAUCUAAUUGUUAGUCUUUUUGUGAAAUCUGGGAAUUGUAUAAAAGCUGUUUUGUUUUUAAAAUAUUGUGUACAGAUAGUGGAUUUACAGUUUCAACUGGGAGGACACCCGGGGAAGACUCCAGACAUGCUGGAGGGACCAUGUCUCUGGGCCGGCCUGGGAACGCCUUGGGAUACCCAGAUGAGCUACUGUAGAUAAAGCUGGGGAAAGUGAGGUCUGGACUUCCCUGCUUGGGGUACUACCCCUGCGAACCCACCCUGGAUAAGCGGGAGAGGAUGGAUAAAUGGAUGGUUUUGUUUUCUUUCAAAUACCUUAUGAAGUGUGCGUCAGGAAGGCUGCUGUUGAGGGGGAACUGAAUUGCUUCACAAGCAGCACAUAAAAACAUUCUUAACUGCACCCAGUGGUCAAUUGGGUCCUUUGAUCCGCGGUAGUUUGGACUGUAAAACUGCCUCUAAAACCUGAUAUUGUAUUGAUGAAUCUGGCUCUUUCUUUACUAUUUAUUGUAAAGAGAAAAUAAAUUCAACUAAAAUUUGAGCAUCGUACAAUAGUUGUACUUUCAAGGCUGGUCAUAAUUGCAUAUCAUCUUGUUUUAAAUGUUCACACGUGUCACUUCAUUCACUUUUAACCAUAAAACACAUGAAAAGAAGCUUAUUCUGAAACCAUUUCAACAUAUUGAAAGCAAUCAUGCAAAUUUUUGUUGUAAAUAAA